GCGAAAUGUCGCCCCACAGGGAGCAGUGACCCUCCUGCGCCUGGGCGGCAGUAUCGUUUGAGCAUAGAUGACCAUGCUGCCUGCAAUUCAAGUGUGGUUUGGAGAAGACCUGCCCCUAAGUCCACGGAGUCCUCUGACCCCCAGACAUGGGCCAGGUUUGGCUGACGUUUGUCAGUAUGAUGAGUGGAUAGCUGUGAGGCACGAAGCUACCCUGUUGCCCAUGCAGGAAGAUCUGUCGAUCUGGCUCUCUGGUUUAUUAGGUAUUGAAGUUAAGGCAGAAAGGUUAUUGGAAGAACUUGAUAAUGGAGUACUGUUAUGCCAACUGAUUGAUGUUCUUCAAAACACGGUGAAAACAUGCAACUCUGAAGAACCAGUGAAUUUUCCAAUGAGAAAAGUGCCCUGUAAGAAAGAUGCUGCAUCAGGUUCGUUCUUUGCUAGAGACAAUACUGCGAACUUCCUUCACUGGUGCCGGCACAUCGGGGUUGAUGAGACUUACCUCUUUGAAUCUGAAGGUUUAGUUUUGCACAAAGAUCCGAGACAGGUGUAUCUUUGUCUUCUUGAAAUUGGUCGAAUUGUGUCAAGCUAUGGGGUUGAGCCACCAGUAUUAGUAAAAUUUGAGAAAGAAAUUGAGCUAGAAGAGACCUUACUUAAUACUUCUGGGGCCGAAGAUUCCAUCAGCAUUCCAAAAUCAUGCUGUCAGCAUGAAGAGCUGCACGAAGCUGUUAAACACAUUGCUGAAGACCCUCCUUGUAGUUGUUCUCAUCGAUUUUCUAUUGAGUACUUAUCUGAAGGACGGUAUCGACUAGGAGAUAAAAUACUUUUUAUAAGAAUGCUUCACGGAAAACAUGUCAUGGUCCGUGUCGGUGGAGGCUGGGAUACUCUUCAAGGAUUUUUGCUUAAAUAUGACCCCUGUCGAAUAUUACAGUUUGCUACACUAGAACAGAAAAUUCUAGCAUUUCAAAAAGGAGUUUCUAAUGAAAGUGUGCCUGAUUCGUCCGCCAGAGCACCUCAGCCUCCUGAAAUGAAUCCUUUGUCAGCAGUUAGCAUGUUUCAGAAACAAAAUUCAAAACCUGGCACACCAGUUGGUAUUCCAAGGAGCAGAGAGAAGCAGGUACGUCUGCCAGGUGUGUCGCCACCAGCAUCUUCCCUGAAAGGAGGCAAUCUGGCCUGUGGGUCAGUCCGUUCUAAAUUUCCAAAUUCUCCAGCAGUGUCCUCUCAUCUCAAACUCAGAUCUUCAAAGGACGUAACAAAGAAAGCGCAGCCUCCUUCAAACGAUGCAUCAUCUGCAUCUGCUUCUUUAAAUCCAGUAGGUAAAAGCACUUUUUCACCAGCUUUAUUAAGAACUGCACCUUGUGUAUCUGAGUCGCUGAGAAAAUGUAUCUCAUCCCCCAGUACUCCUAAGGCCAAGCUUAUUCCAGCCCAGAAGUCAAGAGAUGUGCCUGAAUCCACACUUUUGCCAAAUAAGUGUUCUGGAAAAAUUGAACCAAAGCAUUUGAAACACCACCAUGUGUCUUCCAGGGAUUAUGCAGUCUCUCACUCAGCUGCACGUUUAAAUUCAUCAUCAAAGUGUCCAAAGCCACCUAAGGCAAAUCUGCACGUAAGGCCUAACCCUUCUCCUUCUUUCCAGUCUCCUGCAAAAGUGACAACAUCCAGUUCCAAAACGAUAACCACGGGUCUGAGAACACAGUCUCAGCCACGUGUUGGAGCUCCGCAAGCGGGGGCAAUGCCAGCACAGAAACUUAAGUCAGCCUUGAAUUUAAACCAGCCACUUUCUGUAUCCUCAGUUGCUCCUGCAAAAGCUGCAGAGAAGUCGAAAGAUAAUAUGGUUUCAGUUGCCAAAAAGCAGCCCCAGAGUAAAAUCACAUCCCAGAAGACAGGACCCAGCUCCUCCAGGUCCCCGGGCCGUACCCCGCUGUCCAUUGUGAGUCUUCCCCAGUCUUCUGCCAAAGCACAACCUGAACCAAAGUCAGCACAGACUGCCACCAAGAGCCAGUGCUUAGCCAAAGGGCUUCCCAAAAGUGGCAAAGCCCCGGCUGCAACCAGGAAGCCACCCUCAUCUGGCAAGGAGGCAGUUAGUGGAGAUAAAAAACCUGCAAAGAAGAAGGAAGACAAUGAUCAUUAUUUUGUUAUGACUGGAAGUAAGAAACCUAGAAAAUAAACAUAAUGUGUCAUUCUAAGAGAAGAGAGGAAAGAAAGUGAGUGUGUUAGCUGCACACCUUAAAAGUUUCUUCUAUUUGUGUUUAUCCAAAUAGGUUCAGACAUUAAGUACAAUAAGAUGGGGGUAGAGGUUGGGGCGAGGAGGGGCUCAUCAGAAUUCACACACCUGAAUUCAGCAGAAGGUACCCUUUUAAGGUGAACAGUGGUAAAAUCACCGGGAGAGUCUUAUUAGUUAUAGACAUUUAUAUGAUUUUCAGUCCAUGACAUCUUCGUUAAUGUCUGCCCAUUAAUGGAAAUGUAAAGUCAAAUAACACUACUAGGUUUAUAACUGUAGUUGCUGUAUUUUGAAUAUGUGUUAAAUGUGGAGGUUAUUACCUGCUAAUAGAAACGGAGGUGCUCUUAAUAUAAGUUACUGCAUUUUAGUUUAAAAGCAACGGUUUGGCACUUGUCUUACAAAAGACAUCUUAUUUUGUUUCCUGUUCAGGAUUGCCUGAUGGAACAAUACUAAGUACCAGUAGCUGCUGCUGAUUAGCUUACUGUUACUCUGGGUUUGGUAGAAUUGCUAUUAUUUAAAAUUUUUUUAAGCUUUCCAAAUCAGAAGGAACUGAUUUUUUUAACUGACUUCUAUUAACCUUGGUAAUAUUUUGUUACCAGUAUUUUUGGUAAAAAAAAUAAAAUUAAGGUAUUGAAAUAUAAAUUGAAACUUGGAAAAAAUUUUUUUCACAUAUUAUUUAUAAGAACUUAUACCUUAUAUUUUAGAUGGACAUUGUGCAAUGUGAAAGGGGAAAUGAUUUAGUAGCUUUUAGCAUAUUAGAAAUAUUUUUUAAUAGUGUAAUUUUCUGUGAGUGCAGAUAUCAAUUUUUACAUUAAAAUAAUGUUUAACAUCAGAAUUAUGUUUUAACAAUCUUAAAAUUAAGGUGAUAUUAAAGAAUAUUAAAGUGGUGCUACAUAAAAAUUCUGUCAUGUGAUUACUAUUUUUCUUUAGCGCAAUAAUACAAGUUUUAAUUAGAGGUUUCCAAUUAUGUUAAUUUUCUUCAAUAAAGUCAUGCUGCCUUCAGUUUUCCAAUGGCAAAUGGACAGUAUGUAUGCAGCGUUUUCUAUUCUGUAGGCAGAUUCUCCAAGGAACUUACCCAGAUCAUGUAGUUGCUAUAUAGACUGUCGAUCUGGGAUGAUAUUUGUAAAUAAUAUGUUUUUUAAUAGAUUGUGACUAUUUAAAAAAUUGUUAAUGUACUUUCAGAAGUUUUAGGGGUGUGUUUAAUAACUUUACAGUAUUAUCAGCUAUCACAGGUUAUUUUCAGUAUUGAGGUCUGUGUUUCCCUAUUUUAAACUAAAAUGUGUCUUCUAAAGAAAAAUAACGGUUCACACAAAUGUGCAAUCGUAGAAUAAGCAUCUUAAGCUGACUACUGAUGUUUGUAGAUUUUAAAGCAAGAAACUUUUGUAUAAAAGUGAGCUAUCUUUUGUCUGAGAAAUACAGUUAAAAUCAAAGCUGCGUGCAGGCUAGUUUUUGAAAUAAUUGAUGCUUCUCUUCUUAAAAGAGACAGUCACCAAAUAUUUAGUUGAGUUCCACUGUUGAUCUGGGCAUUGAGGGAGAUAAUAUUUACAUCUUUGGAAAGUGAAGUCAGUGUUCAAGAAGUACCAGAAGGGGCUUCCCUGGUGGCGCAGUGGUUGAGAGUCCUCCUGCCAAUGCAGGGGACACGGGUUCGGGCCCUGGUCUGGGAAGAUCCCACAUGCCGCGGAGCAACUAGGCCCAUGAGCCACAACUACUGAGCCUGUGUGUCUGGAGCUUGUGCUCCGCAACAGGAGAAGCCGCGACAGUGAGAGGCCCGCGCACCACAAUGAGGAGUGGCCCCUGCUUGCCACAACUAGAGAAAGCCCACGCACAGAAACGAAGACCCAACACAGCCAAAAUUUAAUUAAUUAAUUAAUUUAAAAAAAAAGAAAGCAAAACCAAGUAAAAUUCAUUAAAAAAAACCAAAAACCAAGAAGUACCAGAAGCUUUACAGUUUUAGUGAUGAGAAAUAUUUAAUGCAUCUUUCAAAGAGGAAGAAUUUUACCUUUAAGAAGGAGUUUAUUCCUUUGUAAGACCAAACAAUUCUGUAUCAGUAACUUCUGGAAUAAAAGUAUCAUCUGGCAGUUCCAAGAACUGGUUUUAUUUUUUUGAAAAAUUGUAAGUUAAUUCAUAAAUAGCCCUAUCUUCAUCAGGCUACUGAUGGUAGGAAGUUCCAACUCCUAUAGUUCUGUUAUAAUUUCACACUUGGUACAGUGAGAAUAUUCUUGAAAUACACAUUUUAUCCAGUAUUCAUGAUCAGGGAAUUUCUCCAAUUAUAUUCACAUUGGAUGAAUUUUUAUUUAUAUAUAGCUUACUCUUCCAAAAUAAAUUUCUUUUUUAAAGUAAGCAGUGGCUGAAAGAUACUUUCUUCAAAUAUAUUUUGAAAUGCCCUUAAAGACCUAGUGUUUCUAAUUGUUUUCACAAUUUUAAAAGUACAUUGUUGAAGUUAGAAAGAAAUCAUUUCUUCUUAAUAAUAGUGCAAGAUUUUAAAAGUUUCUUUUUGUUUAAUAUUUAGUAAAAUGAAUAUCAAGCUUAAAUUACUGAUGUACCUGGAAGAAGAAAUAAUGUGUACUUUAAAAAAGAAUGAAAUAUUUAAAUUUUUCGUUUCUAUAAUUUAACGUGACUAACAUAUCAAAUAAAUCUUCAGAGGAAAAUGAAAUGCUGAUUAUUUUUGCAUUGUUUGAGCUUACACUAGGUGUUUAAGGCUUAUAUCUUUAAAAUGCUUUGAUAAAUUAGAUGAUCUCUAACUUUCCUCUCCACACUGAGUUAACAAUUCUUAAUGGAUAAGGGAAAUUUUUUGAGAAAAGAAAUUACUGUUCCUUCUGCAAUAUAUAUCUGAUACAAAAAUCUGUUACUUCUUUAAAAGGCUUUGUUACAAGUUGUCAUGAUACAGUCAUAUCCAGGUUUACGUACUGACUCCAUUUGAAUCCAAAUUUGUGUAUAUUUUCUUGUGCCAGCAGUGUUUG